AUGGCCGAGUUCUUUGCGCACAUGAGGGAGGCGAGCGCUCAACGCAUCAUGAUAGAGGACAUGGAGGCGGCAGUAUUCAAGGCAAUGCUGCACUUCAUCUACACUGACACAGUGCCUGAACUUGAUCUGGAGCUGGAGGCAGUAGAGACGAUGGCUCAACAUCUGCUUGUGGCGGGUGACAGGUACGGGUUGGACCGGCUCAAGGUUAUCUGCGAGGGAACAUUGUCCGGUGGCAUCAACAUUGACACGGUGGCGACGACUUUGGCUUUGGCUGAGCAGCACAACUGUUCGCACCUUAAGGCUAAGUGUGUUGAGUUUAUCAUCAGCACUCCUGCGAUCCUUGAUGCCGUGGUGGCAACGGAGGGGUAUAAGCAUCUGGAGACAAGCUGCCCCGCAGUGCUUACUAGCAUUGUCCUUUCCAUGCGUGGGAGGAACUAA